UCCGCCCUGAGCGUUCCAAGUGCACCGUCGCAGUAACCAGCAGAGAGAAGUUUCUUCGGUGUCUUGGCUGAUCGAGCAGCCGCUGAGCGCCCACGCCUGUCGGCAUGAUCUUCCUGACGGUAAUCGCUCGGCUGGCGGACGGUCUGCCGCUGGCUGCGUCCAUCCAGGAAGAUGAACAGUCAGGAAGAGACCUCCAGCAUUACCAGAGUCAGGCCAAACAGCUGCUGCGGAAACUCGACGCUCAGAGCCCGGACCGGUGCAUGCUGGAGGCUGGGAACAUGAACUUCUGUUACUUUAUAUCCCAGGGUGUUUGCUGCCUGUGUCUCUGUGAUGCCUCAUUCCCUAAAAAGGUGGCUUUUGGGUACCUAGAGGACCUCCAAAAUGAAUUCUGUGAGCAGUACGGAAAGAGAGUCCCUGAAGUGACGAGGCCAUACUCCUUCAUAGAGUUUGAUACGUACAUGCAGAAAACAAAGAAGUCAUACGUUGACAGCAGGGCUCGGAGGAACCUGAGCAGCGUCAGCACGGAGCUGCAGGACAUCCAGAGAAUUAUGGUGGCAAAUAUCGAGGAAGUCCUGCAGAGAGGAGAAGCUCUUUCUGCUUUGGACACCAAGGCCAGCAACCUGCGCAGCCAGGCCGAGAAGUACCGCAGCGACGCCAGGUUCCUCAACACCCGCUCCACCUACGCUAAAGUCGCUGCCGUGGUUUUGGUCUUUGUGACGCUCAUCAUCUAUGUGCGCUUUUGGUGGCUUUGAUGAUUAAACAAAGACUUUUCCCUCUCUCUGUGGCGGAGGAAGACCUUUCUUCUCUGCUGUUGCUUUAGGUUUUGUAUUCUGUGAAAGCAGAGCUGUCGGUGUUUAGUUGGACUUUUCUUUUGUACGGAGACAAAUGUUCUACAGAGGGCCGUUGGGGUUGUUUACAGAGGCAAAUGUUUGCACAUUGGAGGUGGAGCUUCCCUGAGUUACACAACAGAAGAAGAAGGAACAGCUUCAGGAUAAUACGUUGACACUGUGAGGAAAACACUUUAUAUUGUUUUGAAAAAAUAAAAGAUUUAACAAAC